UUUGAGCGGUACUUCUAAUUACACAUCGUUUAACGUACACAUAAUCUCACUGUAUGAAGUGGAGGUGAAGGGUGACGUGGAGUGAGGUUAUGUCAAGUUUCCUCAAAUUGGAAAAAUAUGUUUGAAAUUACGGACACGCAGAAGAUCGGCGUAGGACUCGCGGGUUUCGGAAUGUUCUUCCUCUUCCUCGGCGUUCUGAUGCUCUUCGACAAAAGUCUGCUCGCACUGGGAAACAUACUAUUCAUCGCCGGACUGUCGUGCGUGAUCGGCUUGGAACGGACGUUCAGAUUCUUCUUUCAGCGGCACAAAGUGAGGGCGUCGAUCGCAUUUUUCGGCGGUAUUAUUAUAGUUUUGGUCGGGUGGCCGCUGGUCGGCAUGCUGCUCGAGUCGUACGGUUUUGUGCUGUUGUUUAGCGGAUUUUUCCCAGUCGCCGUCAAUUUCUUGAGGAGGGUGCCGCUGCUGGGCACGGUACUAAAUAUGCCCGGUAUUAGUAUGUUGUUGGAUAAAGUCGCGGGGCCCACAAGUCGAACGAUGGUGUGACCAAGGUGUAUAGUGUAGUUUAAGUUUAAUCAUCGUAUUUUCGUUACUUUAAGUAUUGUGUCGUGUAAACAUCAUGAGGACACAAACACUUUGUGCCAAUAAAUUCUUUAAGAGUAAACGGC